AGCUCUUGUACUACGUUUUUCUCAGUACUAAUCGCGCUGCAGAGAAACAUUACAUCUCCUGUCGCGUUGUAGCAUAUGGGCAAGGAUUAGUAUGGCAUUCAUUGGGAGACUACAGCCCCCUUCAUGCAAAUCGUUCUGAUUCGUAAAGCUUUGAUUCGCUAAGAUUGACUUGGCGAUUGUAAGGCAUGAUGGGAGUUGUAGUUCCUUCGUUCGAAGAGCGUGCCUCGCGCCGCUGGGGCGUGUCCUCAGGGGGGCUAUAUAAGCAUCUGGAGGGGCGGUGGGCUGUAUUUGUCUGCUGUUUGUUAUACCUCUGGUGGGGUUUUGCGGAGAAUCUUCAGUUCUCGGCUCCAGCUAAAGGUACGAGAGGGACUGAGCUGAGAGGUGCGUCUUUGGGAACUGGUUUCAGAAUGACAGAAGAAUCUGUUGCUCCUUCUACUUCUGUGGACAAAACUGACAGUGUGGAUGUGGAUGGAGAAGCUAAGAAGCUGUUGGGUUUGGGGCAGAAAAACCUGGUAAUGGGCGAUAUUCCAGCUGCUGUUAAUGCAUUCCAGGAAGCAGCCAGCAUGUUGGGUAAGAAGUAUGGUGAAACAGCAAAUGAGUGUGCAGAAGCUUUCUUUUUUUAUGGGAAAUCUCUUCUAGAGUUGGCAAGAAUGGAAAAUGGUGUGCUAGGAAAUGCCUUGGAAGGAGUGCAAGUUGAAGAGGAGGAAGAAAAGGCAGAAGACUCAAUGGCAGAAAGUGCUGAUAAUGUAGAUGAAGAAGCAAGGGAGGAAUUAAGAGAGCAGGUAUAUAAUGCCAUGGGGGAAAAGGAUGAACCCAGAAAAACUGAAGAGCCUCUGGUGCUGACUGAAGCUGAGAUGCAACUGAAAAGCAAGGAUGUAGAAAUGAAAAAAGUUAAGGAAGAAAAAGUGAACAAGGAAGCUGUGGAUGCAGAACACAAAACUUACAAAGAGAGGGAGGAGGAGGAAGUUAAUCCAGAAAAUCAAAUGAAGGCAGCUGAGAGAGAAAAGCAAGGGACCAGUGAAAUAAUUACUGAGGUAGCAAAAGAAGACUGUACUGUCAUGAAAGAUAUAUUUGUGGCUGCAGAAAAGCAGAUGGGUGUAGCUGAGGAACAGAAGCCAGUGACAGCAGAAGAGGCUGGGGAAGACACCACUAUAAACAAGCCCAUGACUACAGAAGAAGCAGCUGGGGCACAGCAGGCAGUAUCAGCACAAGAGGCUGUUGGAGAAGAGAAGCCUGUUGAAGCAGCAGCUCAGGAGGAAAAGGUCAAAGAAGCAGCAGCAAAGCUUGUAGACCAGGAUGCUGAAAAGCAGACAGAUAGUAUAGUAGAAAAGACAAUAGUGGAGGAAGUGCUUAAAACUUCAGGAGCAACAAUAGAAGAAUUAGCAAGAGCUGUUGAGAAAGCAGAAAGCCAGGUAGAGACAGCAAUAGAAAACAAGCAGCCAGCCAGAGCUAUUGAUGAGAAGGCCAAGGAAAUGGAAACUACUACGGAGCAAGUGGUGAUAGAAGUGAAAGAGAGAGAAGAGCCCUUGUCUUCAGGAAAAGCAUUGCCUCCAGCUGCAAGUGAAAUUACUCCUGCAGCAGGCACAGAGCCAUCACAGGAAAUGCAAAUUGAAGAAAAAGCUGAAGCUGCUAAGGUAGAAAAGGAGGAAGAAAAAGAUGACGAGAUGGGAGAGGGCGAAGAAACAGAAGGGUCAGAAGAAGAAGACAAAGAGAAUGACAAAACAGAAGAAGAUAAGGAAAAUGACUCUACAGUUGAAGAGAAGGAGAGUGAAGAAGAUGAGGUUGGAAACCUAGAACUGGCCUGGGAUAUGCUGGAGCUGGCAAAAGUAAUAUACAAAAGACAAGACACGAAAGAAGCUCAGCUCCAUGCUGCCCAGGCUCACCUAAAACUAGGAGAAGUUAGCAUUGAAUCUGAAAACUACAUCCAAGCCAUAGAAGAGUUCCACUCCUGCCUGACCCUUCAGCAGAAAUAUUUAGAAGCCCAUGACCGUCUGCUUGCAGAAACUCAUUACCAUCUUGGAUUGGCCUAUCACUACAACAAUCAGUAUGAUGAAGCAGUUCUGCAGUUCAGUAAAUCAAUGGAAGUCAUAGAUAAAAGAAUGGUGAUGCUCACUGAGCGCCUAAGAGCAAAAGGAGAAGGAUUAGCUGAGGAUGAGAAGGAAAUUGAAGAACUAAAGGGAUUGCUUCCUGAAAUUAAAGAAAAAAUAGAGGAUUCCAAGGAGUCUCAAAAGAGUGCAAGAGUGGCUGAACUGGCUCUAAAAGCAACUCUGGUUGGUGGAUCUUCUUCUAGCUUUUCCCAGGGAACUGAAAGCAGUUUGACUUCAGCUAAUUCAGUUGGACAAACACCUGAUGGAGCAUCACAGUGUAUUACAGACAUCUCUCAUCUUGUUAGAAAAAAGAGGAAACCAGAGGAAGAGGCUCAACAGGGAGACAAUGAAGCUAAGAAAUCUAAACCAGAACCGGCUGUCAAUGGUGGUGGUGAUGCUGCCCCCAGUGGAAAUGAGGUUGCAGAGAAAAUGGAAGAGGAGACGGAAGAGAGGCCACAAAUUGAUACAGUUGAAAGUGCUGUAUGAUAGAUCUUUAAUAUUGAACACUCCCUCCCAAGGACAAUGGGUUUUGUAUAUAAUGUAUUUUUUCACUUUGACAACUUUUGUAUUCAAUAAAGAUUGUAUGCAAACAUUAA